GAUGGCAACCAUGGCAGCCACCACCACCUCUCAACAAAUAAAGCAUAAUUAACCAAAACGAAUUAAAAAAAGCAACUUUUCUUUUGUGUUCUAUUUUUUGAAAAGAAAAAAUAAAACCCAAGAGACAUAUAUUCUAUUUUUCUUUUUCUUUUCCUUCUCCUUAUAUUUGUUUCUUUGAAAAGCUUGACUUGGCCAGGCUCUCAUAUAUCCCCCCUGCAUUUCCUUUGAUUUUUCCUUUCUGGGCAUUUCAUUUUCUAUUCAAAAGCUCCAGCUUUUGGUGCUGUUGCUGCAUAAAGAAGAAAAUAUUUUUUUUGGGUUCAUAAAGGAAAUUUCUUGGUAAAUGUGGGGGGCUCCUGCAGAACCUGCUGAUUCUUAUUAUGAGGUCCGGCCUGAAUGCACUGAUGUGCCAGUAACCAAAUUUAAAAUCAAGCCCGGUAAAACUCUAAGUGUAAGAAAAUGGCAAACUUCAUUUGCUCCAGAUGGGCAGCUGGAUAUAGGCAAAACUCUAAAUCGAAUCCACCGUGGGGGGAUCCAUCCAACAAUUAGAGGCGAAGUUUGGGAGUUUCUACUUGGCUGUUUUGAUCCUAAAAGUACCUAUGAAGAAAGGGAGCAGUUACGGCAGCAACGAAGGGAACAAUAUCAGAAAUGGAAGAACGACUGUCGUGAAAUCUUUCCUGUGGUUGGAAGUGGUCAAUUUAUUACAGCACCUGUAAUAACUGAAGAUGGUCAGCCAAUUCAAGACCCUUUGGUACUUUUAGAGGCAAAUAAUGCAGGUGGCGAUGGUCCUAAUAGUACAGAGAUUGUGCAGGAGUUAAUCAAUCGUGGUCCUUUGGAUAAGAAAAUAAUCGACUGGCUGCUCUUAUUACAUCAAAUAGGUCUGGACGUAAAACGAACUGACAGGAGUUUAGUAUUCUAUGAGAAGCAAGAGAAUUUGUCUAAACUUUGGGAUAUUCUCGCUGUAUAUGCCUGGAUAGAUACAGAUGUUGGAUAUUGUCAAGGAAUGAGUGAUUUAUGUUCCCCUAUGAUAAUUCUUCUUGACGAUGAAGCUGAUUCGUUUUGGUGCUUUGAACGUUUGAUGCGCCGAUUGAGAGGGAAUUUCAGAUGCACUGAAAGUUCUGUUGGGGUAGAGGCACAACUUAGUCAUUUGGCUGCUGUAACUCAAGUUAUUGAUCCUAAACUUCAUCAGCACUUAGAGACACUAGGUGGAGGUGACUAUCUGUUUGCUGUUCGAAUGCUAAUGGUUUUGUUUCGCCGAGAGUUCUCGUUUUGCGAUUCGUUGUAUUUAUGGGAGAUGAUGUGGGCACUAGAAUAUGACCCGGAUUUGUUCUACCUAUACGAAGAACCAACACCAAGUCUGGAGGAAACUAAGAAAAAAGCAAAAUCAAUGCGUCAUUAUGGGAAGUUUGAGAGAGAAAACAUGAAAAUAAAAACCGAUGAAGCCCCCCUCCCCAUUUCUGUUUUCCUUGUUGCCAGUGUCUUAAAAGAAAAGAGCACCAAGCUACUGCAAGAAGCUCGGGGCCUCGACGACGUUGUUAAGAUUUUGAAUGAUAUAACUGGAAGCUUGGAUGCCAAGAAAGCUUGUAACGAGGCAAUCAAACUUCACAAGAAAUAUUUGAAAAAGCAACAAGCUAAGAAUUAAGAUGACAUAGCCCACAAAGAAAAGCAGACAACGAAGUUUGGUCCCUGUCAAGAUAUAAUGGGAGUAUCUUUGUUUUGGAAGAUUAUAAUUAAUAUAUACAUACAUAUAUAUACAUAUUUUCCCAGGAAGAUGAAACCUGGCUUAGAAUAAUUUUUAUUAGUUGUAUAUGGUGAUAUCAAUCUUCCAUGUUUAUUUGUAUACUAAAACAUUGUUUAACAAUUCAUUAAUUGUUGAAUUAACAUAAAUACUUAUUUAUUGUCAAUGAAAACCUGCUGUUUGUGCUUAUAGUUUA